GGUCCUGAAACAGUAGUCUCCCAGCUCUGGGGAUCCAACGCCUGCAGCCCAAUUUCCCCAAGUCGUCCUGUGCCCCGGAACGUUCUGACAUCCUCAGGAAAGGCCCGGGACGCGCGGCGCAGUCCCGAGAACGCUCUUAUCACCUGGUUGCAAGCUGCGUAGCAGCGGCGGGGAGCAUGAGGGACUACGAGGAGGUGACCGCCUUCCUGGGCGAGUGGGGACCCUUCCAGCGCCUCAUCUUCUUCCUGCUCAGCGCCAGCAUCAUCCCCAAUGGAUUUAAUGGUAUGUCAGUCGUGUUCCUGGCGGGGACCCCGGAGCACCACUGCCGGGUGCCGGACACCGCGAACCUGAGCAGCGCGUGGCGCAACCACAGUAUCCCGCUGCUGCUGCAGGACGACCGCGAGGUGCCCCACAGCUGCCGCCGCUACCGCCUGGCCACCAUCGCCAACUUUUCGUCGCUCGGAUUGGAACCAGUGCGCGAUGUAGACCUGGAGCAGCUGGAGCAGGAGAGCUGCCUGGAUGGCUGGGAAUUCAGCCAGGACGUCUACCUGUCCACCAUCGUGACCGAGUGGAAUCUGGUGUGUGAGGAUGACUGGAAGACGCCCCUCACAGCCUCCCUGUUCUUCGUAGGCGUUCUCAUCGGCUCCUUUGUGUCUGGGCAACUGUCAGACAGGUUUGGCAGGAAGAACAUUCUUUUUGCAACCAUGGCUGUGCAGACUGGCUUCAGCUUCCUGCAGAUUUUCUCCAUGAACUGGGAGAUGUUCACUGUGUUAUUUGUCAUUGUGGGCAUGGGCCAGAUCUCCAACUAUGUUGUGGCCUUCAUUCUAGGAACUGAAAUUCUUGGCAAGUCAAUUCGUAUUAUAUUCUCCACAUUGGGCGUGUGCACAUUUUUUGCCGUGGGCUACAUGGUGCUGCCACUGUUUGCUUACUUCAUCAGAGACUGGCGGAUGCUGCUGCUGGCACUGACGAUGCCCGGGGUGCUGUGUGUUCCCCUGUGGUGGUUUAUUCCUGAAUCUCCCCGUUGGCUGAUAUCCCAGAGAAGAUUUAAAGAGGCUGAAGAUAUCAUCCAAAGAGCUGCAAAAAUGAACAAUAUAGUUGCCCCAGCUGUGAUAUUUGAUCCUGCAGAGCUACAGGAGCUAAACUCCUUGAAGCAGGAGAAAGCUUACAUUCUGGACCUGUUCAGGACCUGGAACAUUGCCAUAAUAACCAUUAUGUCUUUGCUUUUGUGGAUGCUAACCUCAGUGGGCUACUUUGGUCUGUCUCUCAAUGUUCCUAAUUUACAUGGAGAUGCCUACCUGAACUGUUUCCUCUCUGCGCUGAUUGAAGUCCCAGCUUACAUUGCAGCCUGGCUGCUGCUGAGAACGCUACCCAGGCGUUAUAUCAUAGCUGGGGUACUGUUCUGGGGAGGAGGUGUGCUCCUCUUGAUUCAACUGGUGCCUGCAGAUUACUACUUUGUGUCCAUUGGACUGGUGAUGCUGGGGAAAUUUGGGGUCACCUCUGCUUUCUCCAUGCUCUAUGUCUUCACUGCAGAGCUCUACCCAACCAUGGUCAGGAACAUGGCCGUGGGUGUCACCUCCAUGGCCUCCAGGGUGGGCAGCAUCAUCGCUCCUUACUUUGUUUACCUCGGUGCCUACAACAGAGUUCUGCCCUAUAUCCUCAUGGGAAGCUUGACUGUCUUGAUUGGAAUUGUCACCCUUUUCUUCCCUGAAAGUUUUGGAGAGGCUCUACCAGAGACCUUAGAGCAGAUGCAGAAAGUGAAAGGGUUCAGAUCUUGGAGGAAAUCAAGAAACUCCAUAGAGAGAGAAGAAAAUCCCAAGGUUCUAAUAACUGCAUUCUGAUGAAACUUAUAUUGCAUCUGAAAAACAGAUGCACACAUGAGACUCUGUGAAGAAACCAUAGCCUUCUCUGAUGGAAUGGACUGACAGUAACAAUCAACACUAAAAUGGACCCUGCUAUGAAGAAUGCUUGUCCUAGUAAAUGCUGGACCACUCUUCCAGAGAGUCUCCUUGUUUUUAAACACAAACAUUUCUAGAGGCUCUUUCUUACUAAUUCAAUGAAAUAGGUUUGUAAGAAUUUUUUUUUAAUGAGGCAGUCAAGGACUGGUAAAAUCCAUAUAAGUGACAACCCUCAUUUCUGAACAUACAAGUAUUAUCCAAAUAAA